AUGUCAACAUCCAAAGCGAAUGAUCCACUGGUACCGAAAAGCUGCACGGCCUGCAACCACCCCGACCACAUCGAAGACAUGGUGGCUUGCGAUAACUGCGGGAAAUGGUACCAUUUCGGUUGCGCGAAUGUCGACGAAUCCAUCGUUGACCAAACUUGGAAGUGCCAACCCUGUGGACUCCUCCUAUCCAACGUAGCAUCAAAUACCGGAGUCGGUGCGAGCUUAAACGUCCCUACCGGAGCUGUUAGGAAGACUGGCAAAACGGCCGGUAGCAAGGUAACAAGCUCCCGUAAAUCAAAGAAAACUGUUGCUAGUAAAAACGCGAGUGUUACUUCUAGUGCUAGGGAACGACUUGCUUUGGAGUUAGAGGUUCUAAAUGAACAGCAGCAGCUAGAAGAAUUAGAGCUAGAGGAGGAAAACCAAAUUAGAGCUAGACAGAUUGCUCAAGAGAAGAUGAUCAGAGACAGCGAGUUAGAGAUAGAGGCUAAGAAGUUAGCAGAAGAAAAAGAGUUUUUGGAAAAAAAGACGGCCGAAGAAUUGAAGUUUCGUAGAGAUCAGAUGGCAAUUAAAAAGAAGUCGUUAGAAGAAAAGGCUAAGCUAAUUCGCGAGCAGUCACUUCGCGGAAGUAGUCGGUCAUCGAGCAUUAGUCAGAGUGUUUCAGAAGUGAGUGCAAAAGUGAAUAAAUGGUUGGAGAAAACGGAGCAGCACACCGGAGAUAACCAGGGGAAUGCAAACGACCCGGGUCUCGACCCGAUUAACGCGGCGCUUGUGAGCGGUUUCGAUAUGCUCGGGUUGGCGCAGCGAGAAGCAACGAGUUUCGGCGAUAGACAGACCGAUAAACCGAUUGCUGCUCAUCAUGAUCCAGAACACUUUUUUCGUGGACUCAACACCACCGCUCCUCGGCAGAAUUUGGCUGACAACGGAAUCACGAGAAGCGAACAAGGGAGAAGCGGAAGAGGAACGAGAUUUCCCGAGCAAACGUUUGCGUCGCGAGGACUACAAAGUGUUAACGAUGAAAGUUCGCUCGCGUUUGAUCAUCAAGUGGGACCUACAAACCGCCAACUGGCUGCGCGUCAGGUAAUGGGUAAGGAUCUUCCCAUUUUCUCCGGUAAUCCAGAAGACUGGCCGAUUUGGGUGAGCAAUUUUGAACGGUCAACGACGACGUGCGGGUUUUCUCAGGACGAAAAUUUGAUUCGACUGCAACGCUGUCUUAAGGGACCCGCCCUUGACAUGGUACGUGGUCGACUUUUAACACCAGCUAGUGUGCCCCAUGUGAUCAAAACGCUACAACUGCGUUAUGGUCGGCCGGAAACCCUGAUAAGAGCUCUCACCGAAAAGAUUCGGCAUCUUCCACCACCGAAAAUGGAUAACCUGGAGAGUAUCAUCGAUUUCGGUAUGGCCGUGGAUAACUUAGUGGAGCAUCUGAAGACAGCAAAACAAUAUGCUCAUUUAACAAAUCCUUCUCUCCUACACGACUUGGUCGGUAAGCUGCCUGUCGAAUAUAGGAUGAAAUGGGCGGCAUUCAAAGGAGCUCGGGCCGAUGCUGAUCUGAGAAUAUUUGGAUCUUUCAUGAAUGGUAUUGUGGAGCUAGCCUUUGACGUGGCGGAUGAUCAACCGACCAGCUUGUCAUCUAAAACCCAGCAAAAACAGAAGGAACGCGUGUACUUACAGACUCAUUCCGAAUCAAUGGAUGCGCAUGCCGCCCAUGGAAACGUCCCAAAUGUUCGGCUGGAGAAAACUCAAAAGAAGAUUUGUGUGGCAUGUGCAAUUGAGGGUCAUCGAGUUUAUGAGUGCACGCAGUUUACAUCGUUGAGCGUCGAUGAACGACUGAAAAUCGUAAACCAGAAUUCCUUGUGCAGAACCUGUUUAAAUCAACACGGUAGAUGGCCUUGUCGAACCUGGCAAGGAUGCGGAAUUUCAGGUUGUCGACUGCGUCAUCAUACGUUGCUACACCAACCGCCACAAGUAACGUCGGUGGCCGUAUCAACAAGCCAUUUGGAUCGGCAGCAAUCAUCGAACGGGCCUCUGUUCAGAAUUCUACCAGUUACGCUGUAUGGACCAAGUGGAAAGAUAGAUAUUUUCGCCUUUAUCGAUGAAGGAUCCCAACUAACGCUGUUAGAGGACGAAGUUGCGGCUCAACUAGGACUGUCUGGUCCUUGUGAACCGUUGCAGUUGCUGUGGACAGGGAAUGUUACACGUAGUGAAUGUACAUCUCGACGACUUUUGGUUGAUAUCGCGGGAACCAGGAUGAGCCAGAAAUUUAAACUUGCCGAUGCUCGUACGGUUGGAAAACUGAUGCUCCCAACGCAGGCACUCUGCUACCGUCAUCUAGCGACACAAUACCCUCACCUCCGAGGGCUUCCAAUAAGCGACUACGAGGGAGUUGUACCGAAGCUACUUAUUGGUCUUGACAACCUGAAGCUCACAAUUCCAUUGAAGACUCGAGAAGGAGACUGGGGACACCCUAUGGCCGCCAAAUGCCGUCUCGGAUGGAGCAUCUACGGGUGUUUGCCUAACGACUCCGGAUCGGCUACUUGUGGGUUUCACGUUGGAGGAUGGACCAAUCAAGAUCAAGAGCUAAAUCAACUAGUCAAAAACUACGUGGCACUUGAUAACGCCGGUAUAACAUCGCCCGCUACACUUUUAGAGUCAGAUGAAGAUCGCCGUGCAAGGCAAAUACUGGAAGCAACAACUCGGAGGAUUUCUACCGGCUUUGAAACCGGCCUUCUCUGGAAGGCAGACUACGUACAGCUACCCAAUAGUUACGGUAUGGCCUACCGACGCCUGUGCAGCCUGGAGAGAAAGCUUUCUUCGGAUGAGCAGCUGUAUGCGUCCGUACGUACAAUAAUACAAGAUUAUGUCACUAAACAGUAUGCGCACGCAGCCACGGAAUACGAACUCACAACCACGAGGCCGGAGAAAUGUUGGUAUUUGCCGCUAGGGGUAGUGGUAAACCCUAGGAAGAACAAGGUCCGUCUGAUAAUGGAUGCAAGAGCAACUGUGGAUGGCGUGUCGUUCAAUUCUUCUCUACUGAAAGGCCCGGACUUAUUGACGUCGCUUCCAGCAGUUCUUAGCCAUUUCCGUCUCUUUCAGUACGCCUUGGCUGCAGAUAUAAAGGAAAUGUUUCAUCGUAUCAAAAUACGGGACGAAGAUCGACAAUUUCAAAGGUUUUUAUGGCGAGAUCAUCCAGAAAUGCAGCCAGCAACAUUCGUAAUGGACGUGGCAAUUUGUGGAUCGACAUGCUCCCCAAGUUCGGCUCAAUAUGUGAAGAACCAAAACGCACAGGAGUUUGCAAGCGAGUUCCCCAAAGCCGUCGAUGCGGUAAUACGUCAUCAUUACGUCGACGAUUAUUUGGAUAGUUUCGGAACAAUAGAAGAAGCAGUGCAGAUCGGCUGUGAAGUGAAAGAAAUCCACGCGAGAGGCGGAUUCGAAAUUCGGAAUUUUUUGUCAAACAGUGCUGAGAUCGCCGAACGCGUGGGAUCUCAAUCAACGAUGAUGGAGAAAAUACUUCAAGCCGGAAAGGAAGAGUUUGCCGAAUGUGUUUUGGGAAUGAGAUGGAUACCAUCCAGUGACAACUUCACCUAUUCGCUCCAGCUCCGGGAAGACCUACGAAACGUGUUGGCCGAUGGACAUACCCCUACAAAACGUGAAAUACUACGAGUUGUCAUGAGCCUUUUCGAUCCCCUGGGGCUUAUAACAUUCUAUCUGAUACACGGAAGAGUUCUUAUGCAGGACAUAUGGGCAUCCAGGAUCGACUGGGACGACAUCAUUGACAAUGAGCUAUGCGAACGAUGGCGACAGUGGAUCGGAUACCUCCCUCAGUUAGACUCGCUCCGCAUUCCACGUUGUUACUUUGUAGGAGGAAAUGAGAGAACAUAUUCGUCACUGCAAAUCCACGUCUUUGUGCACGCUAGCGAGUCUGCAUUUUGUAGCGCGGUUUAUUUUCGAGUGGAAACAGCCUUUGGAGCGGAUGUGGCGCUGGUAUCGGCCAAAUCGAAAGUGGCACCUUUGAAAAUGCUGUCUAUUCCUCGUUUGGAGCUCCAGGCUGCCGUCCUGGGCACACGACUGCUGAACAGUGUCGUUGCCAUGCACGAUCUGCAAGUAACUAAACGAGUGCUUUGGACGGAUUCUCGUACUGUACUGGCAUGGAUAAAUUCCGAUCAACGUAAAUACCAUCAGUUCGUAGGGUUCCGUGUUGCAGAGAUACUGUCUACAACUGAACCAGCAGAAUGGCGGUGGAUUUCAAGUAAAGCUUAUGUAGCCGACAUAGCAACGAAGUGGGGAACUGGACCGGAUAUCGACCAAAGCAGCGUAUGGUUCCAAGGUCCGGAAUUUCUACGUCAACCAGAGGAUACGUGGCCAAAACAGCAACAAGGAUCAGUCUCUACUACGGAAGAAAUCAGAUCAUGUAACAUCCAUGUAACCAAACCCGAAAUGAUUGUAGAUAUAACUCGUUUCAGUCGGUGGGAAAGGCUGCAUCGUACAGUAGGAUAUAUUCAUCGUUUCUACGACAACCUCAAACGGAAAAGAGAAGGUGUUGCGUUAGAGUUUGGCCCCCUGAGACUAAGUAUCCAGUGA